AUGGCAUUGGUGAACCAAUCCCCCCCCACAACUCCACCUACCACUACCAGUAGCAGCAGUAUUAAUGUUAUGAUUCUUCUUCUUCUCAUGCUGCUCCUAAUCCACCCCCGUCUUCAUGCGGCGGCAGCAAGAUCCCCCAUGUCCGCCGAUCCCGCCCCGCCGCUCCCCUCUCCCACCGCCGCCGCAGAGGAACCCACCGUUCUCAGCUACGCCCAGUUCCUCCCCUCCUCCUCCUCCACCUCCAAAGAUGUCUCGUCAGAUCAGUCAGAGCAGCAGCAGCAGCUGGAGUCCUCCCUUAGCAUGGACAGCAGCAGCAGCAACAACGACCUAUCCUCCGGUAUCCUGUCGCUCCAAUUUCAGGCGGACCCCGAGGUCGAGAAGAUCUGCCAGAGCACCGACUACCCCCACCUCUGCCUGGCGGAGGUCAUCCCCAACCUGAUCAACCUCCGAGGCAGCGGGCGCCGCAUCGACACCGACGCCGUCCUCCAGGCGGCGGUCAAGGGGACCAACAUGUUCGCCAAGCACUGCCAGGAGCUGGCGCAGGACUACGCCAACAAGCCCGGCAGCCCGCCGGAGCUGAAGUCGGCCCUCAAGGACUGCCAGGACGGCUACGACACCGUCGUCGACAACUUCGAGGAGACGCUGGAGGCCUUCGCCACGCACGACGUGGGCACCAUGCGGAGCAUGCUCAGCGCCGUCAUCACCUUCGUCGGGGACUGCGAGGACAGCCUCAAGCAGCUGUCCGUGCAAUCCCCCAUGUCCGCCUACGCCGAGAAGCUCACCAACAUGACCAGCAACUGCCUCGCCAUCACUUCCCUCUUGACCAGCAACUGA